AUGUCGGUCCUCCUUGAGACAAGCGCCGGUGAUAUUGUCAUUGACCUUUUGGUUGAUCAUGCCCCUAAACUAUGUGAAAAUUUUUUGAAGCUCUGCAAGACCAAAUACUACAAUUUCUCACCGAUCCAUUCAGUACAGAAGAACUUCUCUUUCCAAACCGGCGACCCUCUGGGUCCUCUCUCGACCGAAUCCGAUGGCGGCUGCUCAAUAUGGGGGAACAUCUCGCGGGACCCUACCAAACGCACAUUCCCUGCCUUCUUCCAUCCGAAGCUCAAACAUCUUGAGCGCGGAACUGUUAGCAUGGCAACUGCACCGCUACCAUCAGACCCCGAUACAAGAUUAGCAGCUUCACAAUUUAUUAUCACUCUCGGCGAAGAGACCGACUUUCUCGACGGCAAGGCUGCCAUCUUUGGCAAGGUCGUCGAGGGAUUCGACGCUCUGGAGAAAAUUAAUGAAGCUAUAGUCGACGAGAAAGGCUACCCGCUUAUUGAUAUAAGAAUACAACACACCGUUGUCCUUGACGAUCCAUAUCCAGACCCUGCUGGGCUACGAGAACCCGACGGAAGCCCGCCUCCGACAGAUUCGCAGUUGAAAACAGUACGAAUCGCCGAUGAAGCGGCUCUACAUGCUGAUGAUGGAGUGGAUGAGGAGACAUUGGAGAAAAGGCGGAGAGAAAGAGAAGCCCAAGCUCAGGCGCUGACACUGGAGAUGAUGGGUGACUUGCCAUUUGCUGAAGUUAAGCCUCCCGAAAAUGUCCUCUUUGUCUGUAAAUUAAACCCAGUCACUGGGGAUGAAGACUUGGAAAUCAUUUUUGGUAGAUUUGGCAAAAUUUUGAGCUGCGAAGUGAUUCGUGAUGGUAAAACAGGCGACAGCUUACAGUAUGCCUUCAUCGAGUUCGAAUACAAGGCAUCCUGCGAAGCUGCUUAUUUCAAAAUGCAAGGCGUCCUUAUCGAUGAUCGCAGAAUACAUGUCGACUUUUCUCAGAGCGUGAGCAAGCUGAGUGAUGUCUGGCGAAACAGCACCAACAAGAAACGGCGCGCCAACGCUGGAGGCUGGGGUGGUGUGGAUGAGCUAGAGAAGCGCCGACAGUAUAGAGCAGAGGGCGAUAGGUCCGUAGGAAAGAGUUACGGUAUGGUGCACGGAGACGAAGAAUUGCGUGGCCGACAUCAGCGGUCCAGAAACGACGGCCAAGAUCGGGCAUCCGGUCGCAGAGACGACCUCAGAGAUGACCGGGGACGAGACACCAACAGGAGUCGCAGCCCCCGACGACGGGAAAGAAGCCGUGACAGAAAUAACAGACCGAGAGGUGAUGACCGCCAUAGACGAGACCGCCAUAGAGAUGGCCAGAGCAGCCGAAGUUAUGGGAAAGAGAGCAGUCACCAUCGAGAUAGCUACAGGCAUGACGAUCAUGACCGAGAUCGCCGAAGGGACGACAGACAUAGGCGAUAA